UAGUAUAGAAUUUAAAGUAAGAUAGUGAAAGAAAAGGAGGAAGGUGGAAGGUCUCGUUGGUUCAUUCGUUAAUUGUGUGUUGGUUCAUUCUUCACCCUAAACAAUCUCACUUCCCUGUAAAAAUUCUUAAUGAAUCAAACUCAUCUAAUAUUACAUUUUUGCGGUAGCUUUUCAAAAGUAAAUUAACAUAAUUUCUCCCUCUAUAUAUGCUCACCGCCACCACAAAACCCAACUACUCUCUGUCAAACCCCAUUUGCUCAAAAUGCACCGUCCUUCCCUACUUCUAAGCCUCCUCACUCUUCUUACACUGCUAACAGCAGCUCCGCUUCCGGCCAUUGGGUAUCGUCCAUUGCCUCACUUAAGACCCAACAGCUCCGAUUUAAGAUUCGGUGACUCCAAGAAAUACGAGGGUUCCUCGGAGUUCGUCCACUUAAGAUACCACAUGGGUCCAGUACUCACCGGUAGCAUUACCGUUCACACAAUCUGGUACGGCCAGUGGCAGAAAUCCCAAAAGAAGAUAAUCCGUGAGUUCAUCGGUUCGUUCUCCGCCGUCAAUGCUAAGCAUCCUUCGGUUGCCGGAUGGUGGGAUACCGUACGGCUUUACACCGACCAAACGGGAGCCAAUAUUUCCCGUACGGUGCGUUUAGGGGAACAGAAAAACGACCGUUUUUACUCCCACGGGAAGUCACUCACUCGCUUGUCGAUACAGUCCGUUAUAAAAAGCGCGGUAACCGCCAAAACCAAGCCGUUGCCGAUAAAUCCCAGCAAUGGGCUUUACUUAUUGCUCACAUCAGAUGACGUGUACGUCGAGGAUUUUUGCGGCCAAGUUUGCGGGUUCCAUUACUUCACAUUUCCGUCCAUCGUGGGAUACACGCUCCCGUUUGCGUGGGUGGGUAACUCAGCGAAGCUUUGUCCGGGAAUAUGUGCUUACCCGUUCGCCAUACCGGAGUACAUGCAAGGGUUGAAGCCGUUAAAGUCACCCAACGGUGACGUGGGAGUGGACGGGAUGAUAAGUGUGAUCGGACACGAGGUUGCUGAGCUGGCAACUAACCCAUUGGUGAAUGCUUGGUACGCGGGACAAGAUCCCGUGGCUCCCGUGGAAAUAGCGGAUUUAUGCGAGGGUAUUUAUGGAACUGGAGGUGGUGGUUCUUACAUGGGACAGUUAUUGAACGGAAAAGAUGGUGCCACGUAUAAUAUGAAUGGGAUCAGACGGAGGUAUUUGGUUCAGUGGCUUUGGAACCAUGUUGUAAGUUACUGUACUGGGCCUAAUGCUCUUGAUCAGUAAUCUUAUCUUUUUUCCUUUUGCAUGGGUAAGGUUUAAGAUGGUAUCUUAUUAUGGUGGGUUACCGCGGGAUGUUUUUAAAACUAAUGGUUAUGGUUGAAAAGAAGAAAACCAUAAAUUUGUAACUCACCUUUCAAAUUAAAACAUUGUAUCCCUAAUUUAGUAAUUGAAUAUUUUGGUUCUUUUUCCACAA